UAACAAUUAUAAUAGGCUGCGCAAAUAGAAACGAAGAAACAGAUUGAGUAAGCUGCGCCGGUGCCGUCGUAGCUUGCUCACUACGCGCAGAAGCGAGUGAGUGAGUGAGAAGAGUAUGAAAAAUAAAUUCAAAUUCAAAUUCAUUUAUUUUUAUUUUUAUUUUUCUUUUUCCUUUUUUGUUUAAUUUGAUUUAGUAUAAACCCUAUACGAUACCAAAAUCAAAAUCAUCAAUUCAGGUUCUUUGUGUUUACUGCUGCGGAAUUCGCCUUGCAUCUUGAAAUCUUGGGGAUAGCUGUCGCUGCUACUUUUUUUUUUAAAUGGGUGACGAGGGUGACAAUUUUGAUUGGGACAGUGAAGACGAUAGAGAAAUUGAGAAUUUUGGGCUGUCUUCUUCUUGUUGCUCACUUCCUACUGUGAAAAUGACAGCAUGCUCAGUAGAGGCAAGCUCGGUGGCAGGUUCUUCUGGUACCAAGGUUGUUGAUCGUUUUUUAGGCAUGGGCUUUUCUGAAAAAAUGGUCGCUGAUGCAAUCCAGGAAAAUGGAGAGGAAAAUCCAGAUUUGAUACUCGAAGCACUUCUCAAGUACUCUCCAAGCUCACCGGCAAGCUCUUCUGGCUCCAAGCUGAUCGAUCAUUUCGUUGGAAUGGGUUUCGAUGUCAAAAUGGUUGCCAGAGCAAUUAGCGAAAAUGGAGAGGAAAAGACAGAUUCUAUUUUGGAGACUCUUCUUACAUAUUCGGAGAUUGAAAAGUUUCCUCAAGAACAGCCACAUGUUGACUCUGAUAAUUUAUCCUCAGAAUAUGAUGAGAGCUUUCUAAAUGAUUUUUCAGAUUUGGAUAGUUCUGAAAAUGAGGAAAAUGAAAAAUCUGAGCCAGAUGAAGGGGAAACGUUGCGGUUCUUAGCAAGUAUGGGUUACACAAGAGAUGAAGCUUCAAUUGCUGUAGAAAGAUGUGGUAUGCAUUUUGGACCAGAUGCCACUAUUUCAGAGCUAGCUGAUUUCAUUUGUGCUGCUCAAAUGGCAAAGGCAGCUGAUGCUUCCUUUAUUGAGGAGAAGCCAAAGGUUAAUUUUGACGAUGAUUAUCCUAAAAACAAAAGGAGGAAGAGCAAUUUUGAAAUCGAUAUGUUGAAAAGGAAAAAACAGAUUAAUGUGCUGCCUGUAGACGGGGAGAUAAUUCAGCUGCCAAUUAAAAUGAUCGGGUUUGGAACCCCGACUGAUCCGUCAAUUCUAACGCAUCGGGAUCUUCCAAAAGGUGCUCUUGGGCCUCCCUUUUUUUAUUACGAGAAUGUUGCUUUGGCUCCUAAAGGGGCUUGGCAGACCAUCUCGAGAUUCCUUUAUGACAUAAAACCGGAGUUUGUGGACUCAAAAUACUUUUGUGCGGCUGCAAGGAAAAGAGGGUACAUCCACAAUCUUCCUAUCAAGAAUAGAUUUCCUCUUCUUCCGCUACCUCCACACACUAUCCAUGAAGCUCUGCCGUUGACAAAGAGAUGGUGGCCUUCAUGGGACGAAAGGACGCAGCUAAACUGCUUGCAGACUUGUAUGGCAAGUGCAAAAUUGACGGAAAGAAUUCUUAAAGCCAUUGAGGGCUACGAUGGUGAACCCCCUGAGAGAAUCCAAAAAUAUGUUCUCGAACAAUGCCGUAAAUGGAACCUUGUUUGGGUUGGCAGGAAUAAGGUGGCCCCACUUGAACCAGAUGAGGUUGAAAUGCUUUUGGGAUUUCCUAGGAACCACACAAGGGGCGGUGGAAUAAGUAGGACCGACAGAUAUAAAUCACUUGGUAACUCAUUCCAGGUCGACACUGUUGCCUACCAUCUGUCGGUAUUGAAGGAUUUGUUCCCUGAAGGUAUUACUCUUCUUUCGCUUUUCACCGGGAUUGGUGGUGGAGAAGUUGCUCUACACCGGCUCGGUAUUAAGCUGAAGAAUGUGGUAUCAGUCGAGAUUUCCGAGGUAAAUCGGAACAUUCUGAGGUGCUGGUGGGAGCAAACCAACCAGACAGGGCUUUUGAUCGAAAUUCCUGAUGUGCAGCAGCUGGAUGCGGACAUGUUAGAGAAGCACAUCAGCGCAUUUGGCGGGUUUGAUUUGAUUAUUGGAGGAAGCCCUUGCAACAACCUGGCUGGAAGCAACCGACAUCACCGAGAUGGCCUCGAGGGUGAACAAUCUUCACUGUUUUUUGAUUAUUGUAGGAUUCUAGAUUUAGUCAAGAACAUAAUGGCUAGAAAUUCUCAAAGUUUGUCUUAGAUUAAUCUCUUUAUAUAUUUCCUGCAUUUAUCCCCCUGAUUUAGAUAUUGAUAUAAAUUGUAAAGAUUCAUAAUUGGUCCAAGCUUACAUUAAUUUAAGGUAAAUGAGCUACUGGAACAAAGCAAGUGAUUCUUCUUGUGAAGUAAUUAAUAACAAGUUGCUUUUCUUUCA